AUGAAAACUGGGAGAGGGAGAUGGAGGUUGGAGAUGAGGAGGGAAUUCUGGAGUGUGAGGGUGGGGAGAGCCUGGGCCAGGUUGCCCAGAGAAGCUGUGGCUGCCCCAUCCCUGGGGGUGUUGAAGGGCAGGUUGGAUGGGGCUUGGAGCAGCCUGGGCUGGUGGGAGGUGUCCCUGCCCAUGGCAGCAGGUGGGAUUGGAUGAGCUUUGAGUUCCCUUCCAACUCAAACCAUUCCAUCAUUCUAGGAGUCUGAAACCCCCCUGGCAGCUCUGUCCUGUGUGACCCAGCAGCUUCACCCCCUGCAGCCCCUUUCUCUGAUUGCCAAGAUUGGAGAAACUGCACAUUCUCUGGGAUCCUUCUCCCCUUGGGGCAGAGAAGUGAGAUUCUUGUGUUUGGGAAGCGCAAGAUGAGCCUUCCAUGGGAAGCUCCACCCGUGCAGCUUGGAAUUUAAUCAGAUGGGAGCAGAAGGUGGUUCUUACUGAAUUGGUUUCUCUGUUCUGUGCUGGGCAGACACAAAAUUCCCAUUUGUGUUUCCAUGAGUAGCUGGAAAUGGGAAAGCUUGCGGAGGUGAAGGUGCCUGAAACACCUCUGGAACAGGGAUGCUGUUUCAGCUGCCUUCCUGAAAUCCUCUCCUUAUGUCACUGGGUUCUGAAUGGUGGUUUUAUUCCCUCCUGCAGGCACCUGGUCCAGCUGGGAGGCUGCAGAUCCAGCUGCAGCUCCCGCUCUGGCGCGGCCCCGGCCCCGUUCCCGGCGCAGCAGAGCGCUAUGAGCAGAGGCUCGUAUCUCACCCGCUCCAGGCAUCCCCACCCCAGCUCUAACCAAGGUUUUUUUACCCGCCCUCAUUACCCACGGGAAACUAAUCAGGAAACCUUUUUACACCGGCAGUUCCUAGCGGAGCGGGACACGGAAGGCAGGUUGCUGCAGGGCCAGGGAUCCCGCGCUGAAGGAGGCGUCGGAGCCGCGCGGGGCGGGCAGCCCUGCCGGGGCGCUGCCGGGGGGCACGGGCUCCCCAGCCAACAUCCCUGGCUGGGAAAACCCUUGCCACGUUACUGCCCGCCUCGGUACCGUCGCCAGGAGGACUCUGAGAGAGGUUCUGACACCAUCAGGUUGAAUUUCCAGAAGUUGUCUCUUGCUGGGCAAGACUGUGAACAAGAAAUUCUGACUAUUUUCAGGCAGCUGGGGGAGGGCAAGACUCGGACAGUCCAUGAUCUUGUCCGUCAGCUCAACACCCGAAAGAAAGAGGUCAACCGUGUGUUGUACAAACUCUGCCAAGAAGGGAAGUUGCACAGAGAGGGGGGGACGCCACCCCUGUGGAGCCUUGCCAGCCCCAAGGCAAGGAGAGAGAGGAGCCCCACCGAGCACAGCCGGGCCCCCACGGAUCCAGCUGGGGAGAGGAGCACGGUGGGAUCAGGAGACACCGACCCCGUCAUGGCUGAGACCAAGGACAAAAUCUGCAACUACUUGUUCAGUGUGGCAGAAACAACAGCGCUCAACCUUGCCAAAAACAUCGGGUUUUCCAGGGCCAAGGAUGUGAAUGCCUUCCUCAGUGCUCUGGAGAAGCUGGGAGAUGUCCACAAGGAGAACACGAGCCCCCCACUGUGGUCCCUGACAGACAGGAAGCGUGAGCGGAUGCAGAUGAGGCUGAAGGCCAGUGCGGUGCUGCAGGCAGCAGAUCCCACUCCUGGGGCAGGUUUUCCACCUUCCUCUGUCCCUCUGUGCCCCCAGGAGGUGCCUGUGGUUUCACCAGCAGCAACAUCAGAAGGAGGCCUGGAAAAUGGGCAGCAGGCAGUGGGGCAGAUGAAGCAGAGCAAUGGUGAGGCAGAAGCAGCCCUGCUCGAGGACAUUAAGCCAGAAUUCUCCAGUUUGAGUAAUUAUGAUAACUCCAAAAAUGGUGAGUGGGCUACGGAUGAUAUCCCAGAUAACCUGAACACCAUCAACAAGCAGCCCCAUGAGUCGGAAUCCAUCAUGAAUUCCCAGUCUUCCCCCGGUUACGCUGCCCAGUUUGAAGCUCCUUUCCCAUGCACACCAGUAGAGAAGCUGCUGGCUUGUCAGGAGAAGAACCCGGUGAGCGGCCUCACCGAGUACUCCCAGUUCACCAGCCAGCAGUGUGAGUUUGCCAUGUUGGAACAGAGUGGACCCUCUCACGAGCCACGCUUCAAGUUCCAGGCAGUGAUCAAUGGGCGCCGAUUCCCACCAGCAGAAGCAGGGAGCAAGAAACUGGCUAAGCAGGAGGCAGCAGCCAAUGCCAUGAAGGUCCUGAUGAGUGAAGCAGAGAAUGGAGGACAUGGUGGGGUUAAGUGUGAAGACCAAUCUCCUUCCCACAGCUGUGAACCGGACCUGCCUUCACACCCAGAGCCAGAGCCGCCCUCAGCUCCAGCUCCUCUCAACCUGCUUUCUGGGAAACACCCUAUCAGCUUGUUAAUGGAGUAUGGACAGAAAUCAGGGAACACAGUUGAAUUCCAGCUGCUCUCUCAGGAAGGCCCACCCCACGAUCCCAGGUUCAGCUACUGUGUGAAAAUGGGUGACCAAAUUUUCCCUGCUGUGGUAGGAAACAGCAAGAAGGGAGCAAAGCAAAUGGCAGCAGAAGUUGCUGUGAAGAUCCUUUCUGGAGAGUCUGUACCUCAUGUCUUGCCUGAACAGGUACAAAGAGCUUCUUUGUAAGACUCAGAUGAAUCCAAGGUGGCAAAAGCAAAGGGUGUUGGGGAGCUCAUCAAAUACCUGAAUGUCAACCCUGUCAGCGGCCUGCUGGAAUACGCCCGCUCCAAUGGGUUUGCUGCAGAGUUCAAACUCAUUGACCAGUCAGGACCUCCCCAUGACCCUAAGUUUGUCUACCAGGCAAAGGUUGGAGGCCGUUGGUUCCCUGCUGUGACUGCACACAGUAAGAAGCAGGGCAAGCAGGAGGCAGCUGACGCCGCGCUCCGGGUCCUGAUUGGGGAGACAGAGAAGAUCGAGCGCAUGGAAGGGCUGAAUGUCCCCGAGCUCCCGGUGAGCGGCAGCACCCUGCACGACCAGCUGGCCAUGCUGAGCCACCAGCGCUUCAACAGCCUGACCGCGCGCAUCCAGCACAGCCUGCUGGGCAGGAAGAUCCUGGCUGCCAUCGUCAUGCGCAGGGGGCAGGCUGGCCUGGGAGUGGUGGUCAGCCUUGGAACAGGCAAUCGUUGUGUGAAAGGAGAAGAGCUGAGCUUGAAGGGGGAGACAGUGAAUGACUGUCACGCAGAAAUCAUUGCUCGAAGAGGUUUUGUGAGGUUUCUCUACAGCGAGCUGAUGAAGUAUGACCCAUCCAACCCUUCUUCUUCAGAACAGAGCAUUUUUGAGCCGGCAGGAGGGAACAGACUAAAAAUAAAGAACAGUGUUACAUUUCACCUCUACAUCAGCACAGCACCUUGUGGGGAUGGGGCGCUCUUCGAUAAGUCCUGCAGUGACCAGGCCAGUGUGGUGGGACAGACCCAGCAUCGGCCCCUCUUUGAGAACCCCAAACAAGGCAAACUACGGACCAAGGUGGAGAAUGGGGAAGGCACCAUUCCCGUGGAGUCAAGUGACAUUGUACCCACCUGGGAUGGGAUCCAGCACGGGGAGCGGCUGCGAACCAUGUCCUGCAGCGACAAAAUCCUGCGCUGGAAUGUGCUGGGCUUGCAAGGGGCUUUGCUGUCACACUUCAUAGAGCCCGUUUAUCUCAGCUCUGUCACGCUUGGUUACUUGUACAGCCAGGGUCAUUUAACACGUGCCAUCUGCUGCCGCGUGGCAAGAGGUGGGAAUGGGCUGCAGGAGAAGCUCCAGGCUCCAUAUCACAUUAACCAUCCUGAGGUCGGGCGGGUCAGCGUGUACGACUCGGCGCGGCAGACGGGCAAGACGAAGGAGUCUUCAGUGAACUGGUGUCUUGCUGAUGAAAGCGAAGUGGAAGUCUUGGAUGGCACAAAAGGGAAAGUAGAUGGCCCAAAGCUGGAGGUGUCUCGUGUCUCCAAGAGGAAAAUGUUCGCCCUGUUCCAGCAGUUGUGUGCCAAGAACAACUGCACAGACCUGCAGCACCUCUCAGUCUACUCGGAUGCUAAGGAGGCAGCCAGGGUGUACCAGGAGGCCAAGCAGAACUUCUUCAGUAGCCUGGAGGAGCUGGGCUACGGCAGCUGGAUCCGCAAACCUCAAGAGGAAGAGAAUUUCUCCACCCCUGAUGCAUAACGAGACGCCCUGCGUGGGGUGGUGAGUGUGCACAGGUGUGUGCAGGGACGUUUUCCUCUUUUCACCACCUUUUUUUGAAGUUGAAUCAGGAGAGUGCAGCAGUUUGCCUGCAGGCCUGGCUGCCUUCUCUCUGCUCUUGUUACUCUGAGACCCUGCCCUUUCUCUUUUAAAAAUGUGCAUGAAGAGUUACUGUCUCUUUUUUAAGCUGGGGCAGGCUCAGUCCCUGUUGGCUUUUAUGUUUUCAUCUCCUCUUUUAUUUUUUUUUUAAAAAGAACAUAGAAGAAAUCAGAGGGAUUCUUGGACUGCAGCCUUCUGGACUGUGCACUGUAGAUCCCUCUGGCAGGUUUUGAAGCAAUUUUUCUCUUUUAAGAAAAAAACAAACAAACAAAAACAACAACUACAAAAAAAAAAAAGCUGACUGGCUGGUUUUAUGUGUCUCUGUUGGAAGGUGACUGGCAGCCUCCUGGGCUGGGACAUGGGGCUGCACAAGAGCCAGCAGGACCAGUGUGACAUUCCAUGUUAAUAAUAAAAGCAACAAAGAAGUUCUGUCC